AUGCCGAUCGAGUUCACUGUAUUCAAAGGGUCGAAAGAUGGAACCGUUGUGCAAGGGAAAACCAAACGACCCGACCUGAAGCGCGAUGAUGUACUCAUUCGGAUCACGCACUCGGGCGUCUGUUUCACUGAUGUUCACUACCGAAACAACGAUAUGGCACUAGGCCAUGAAGGGACCGGUGUCGUGGAAGAAACUGGACCUGAUGCCCAUAUUCUGAAGAAAGGCGAUCGUGUGGGUUGGGGAUAUGAGCAUGAUUGCUGCGGUCACUGUCGUCAAUGCCUUACCGGAUGGGAGACUCUAUGUCGAGAGCGCAAGAUGUAUGCUUUCGCAGAUCUUGACCAAGGCUCAUUCGGCACCCACGCCGUAUGGCGUGAAGCAUUUUUGUUUAAAAUUCCGGACAACAUGAGUAACGAGGAUGCUGGCCCUCUGAUGUGUGGUGGAUCGACUGUUUUUAAUGCACUCGUCGUCGCCCAAGUCCGUCCCACGGCUCGAGUUGGUAUUGUUGGCGUAGGAGGUCUGGGUCAUCUGGCUAUCCAAUUUGCGGCAAAGAUGGGUUGCCAAGUGGUUGUGUUCUCGGGCACCGACAGCAAGAAAGAAGAGGCAUUGAAGUUGGGUGCAAAGGAGUUCUAUGCAACCAAGGGGGUGAAGGGGUUGAAGUUGGAUCAACCAAUCGAUAACCUGAUCGUGACUACCAGCAGCCAACCAGACUGGGGGAUGUAUUUGAGUGUGAUGGCUCCGAACGGCGUAAUUUCACCCCUCUCUGUCGACUCGAACGACUUGAAGAUCCCAUACAUGCCUGUGCUGCUGAACGGCCUCCGUAUACAAGGAGGAAUCGUUUCAGCAAGACAGGUUCACCGCGACAUGCUUGAUUUUGCCGCUGUGCAUAAUAUCAAACCCAUCAACAUGACAUUCCCAAUGACACUUGAAGGAGUCAAGAAGAGCCUCAAGACUCUGGAGGAAGGCAAGAUGCGGUACCGUGGCGUCCUUGUGGCAGAGAAUUGA